AUGUCAACAAAUUCUAUCAAAACAAAGUGGUAAAAAAACUGUGUACAUUCGUUUUUCAAUAAAUAAUGGUUGAAAUGACUGAACUAACUAUUUUAUCGACAAUAAAAUGCAAGCAACAAGUAGUUCGCGCCGUCAGGUUCAACGUAGAUGGAACAUACUGCCUCACAUGUGGCGCCGACAAGAAAAUAAAGCUUUGGAACCCACAUCGACAAAUUCUAUUAAAAACCUAUGGAGGACAUGGUAACGAGGUGUUAGACGCGGCCGGAUCCUGCGACAGCAGUCAGAUAAUAUCGUGUAGUACAGAUAAAUCGGUUAUAUUAUGGGAUGUAACUACAGGACAACCUUUACGACGAUAUCGUGGCCAUGCCGGCUCUGUAACUUGCAUAAAAUACAAUGAAGAAUCCACAAUGGCAGUUUCAGGAUCAAUAGACAAUACAGUAUGUUUUUGGGACGUGAUCAGCCGUAGACAAGAACCAGUACAGGUUUUAAAAGAUGCAAAGGACACGAUCACAUCUAUACAGGUUACUGACCAUGAAGUUUUGACUACAUCGGUGGAUAGCCAUGUGAGGCUGUAUGAUAUUCGUGUUGGAAAGAUGAUUUCUGACUACAUCGGCCAUAUUAUUACUUAUGGGAACCUUACAAGAGACGGCCAAUGUUAUAUUCUAAGUUGUGCAGAUAAUACAAUAAAAUUAUUUGAUAAGGAAUCCGGAGAAAUAUUAAAUACCUUUGUUGGACAUGAGUGCAAAGAUUAUUUGUUAGAAAAUGCUGUGAAUGAGAAAGACAGUCAUAUAAUAUGUGGUUCUGCUACCGGAGAAGUUUUUUAUUAUGAUUUAAUAAGCAGUAAAUGUACUCAGAAGUUGAGGCAUAGUGAAAAUAGACCUGUUGUGUCAUUGAACCAUCAUCCAACUGAUAACUUUUUAAUUACGGCUUGUGAGGAUGAAAUCAAGUUGUGGGGGGUACAGACAAUGGAAGAAUAG